GCCAAUAGCUAAGACUGCCCCCCCACACCCCACCCUCCCUGACCCCGCGGGACUCCGCUCAGUCAGCGCCGAAGCUGCCCGGUGACCCGAAGUUGCAGCAGGUCCCGGCUGACGUCGCCGUCCAGAUGGCCUCCAGGCUGACCUCGCUGACCCUCCUGCUGCUGCUGCUGGCUGGGGAUGGAGCCUCCUCGAAAUUGGAUGUGACCGGCCAUGGCUUCAGGGAUUCAGAGAGCCCGGAAGGAGGGAGCAAGGGCCACACCUUAGAGGGAAGUAUCUCCAAGAAUCUAUCUAGUCAACACAUCAAGGAAUCUUCCUUGACAAAGAACUCGACAACCAAUUCAACAAUCAGCACAACCACCAAAAGAACAGCUAACUCCACCACAGAACACACUACCCAGCCCUCUACACAGCCUACUUCCCAGCUCACCAUCCGGCCCACCACCCAGCCUACCACCCAGCCCACCACUGAGCCCUUCUGUCCCGGGCCUGACACUCUCUGCUCUGACUUGGAGAAGCAGUCAGCAGAGGCCAUACUGGGAGAGGCUUUGGUAGAUUUCUCCCUGAAGCUCUACCAUGCGUUCUCAGCCAUGAAGAAGCCUGAGACCAACAUGGCCUUCUCCCCACUCAGCAUUGCCAGCCUCCUCACCCAGGUCCUGCUUGGGGCUGGAGAGAGCACCAAGAGGAACCUGGAGAACGUCCUCUCAUACCCCAAGGACUUUGCCUGUGUCCACCAGGCCCUGAAGGCCUUCAAGUCCAAAGGCUUCACCUCAGUGUCUCAGAUCUUCCACAGCCCAGACCUGCCCAUAAAGGACACCUUUGUGAACACCUCCCAGAGCCUGUAUGGCAGCAGCCCCAGAGUCCUGGGCAAUGACAGCAAUGCCAACUUGGAGCUUAUCAACACCUGGGUGGCUGAGAACACCAACCACAAGAUCAGCCACCUGCUUGACAGCCUGCCCUCUGACGUCCGCCUUGUCCUUCUCAACGCUAUCUACCUGAGUGCCAAGUGGAAGACAACAUUUGAUACCCAAAAAACCAGGUCAGAGCCCUUUUACUACAAGGGCUCUAUGAUCAAAGUGCCCAUGAUGACUAGCAAGAAGUAUCCUGUGGCCCAUUUCACUGACUCGACUUUGAAGGCCAAGGUGGGACAGCUGCAGCUCUCCCACAACAUGAGCUUCGUCAUUCUGGUGCCUCAGAACCUGAAACUCCGCCUUGAAGACAUGGAGCAGGACCUCAGCCCUGCUGUCUUCAAGGCCAUCAUGAAGAAGCUGCAGUUGUCCAAGUUCCAGCCCACUCUCCUGAUGAUGCCCCGCCUCAAAGUGAAGCCCAGCCAUAACAUGCUGUCAGUCAUGGAGAAACUGGAAUUCUUUGACUUUUCUUAUGACUCCAACCUGUGCGGGCUGACGGAGGACCCAGACCUUCAGGUUUCCGCGAUGGAGCACCAGGCCGUGCUGGAGCUGACCGAGACCGGGGUGGAAGCCGCUGCGGCCACCGCCGUCUCUGUAGCUCGCAACUUGCUGAUCUUCCACGUGCAGCAGCCCUUCCUCUUCCUGCUCUGGGACCAGAAGCACCAGUUCCCGGUCUUUAUGGGACGGGUGUACGACCCCAGGGCCUGAGACCGGCAGGGGCCAGGGGAGGGCAAGCUUCAGUCUCCCAGUUGCAACCCUGCGCUGCCUGCCUGGACUUGCCCCCAGCCACCUCCUGCCUCAGCUGUCCUCUGUCCUCCGCCUGGAGGGCUCCCUCGGGUCUGCUUCUAUUCAGCCUUUCUUCCUAGCCCUAUUAUCACCCCAAACCACUGCGUGCGGUUUUCUCUGGUUCCUGUUCACCAGACCCUACAAAUAAAACCUGGCAGAACAUGA